CCAGACAACUGAAUACUUUCUUGACUACAGAUAUUUUAAAUUCUGCUCUACUUAACAUGAAGAUGGUCGGUCUGUCUUAUAAAGCGCUUUUUGUCUUCUGCUUUACAGCCCAGGUGUUUACAUUAGUCCAGUCCCAGCUGUGUCCUCAGAGAUGCCAGUGCCCUAAAGAGCCUCCAAUGUGUCUCCCUGGGGUGCCUCUGAUCCUUGACAACUGUGCCUGCUGCUUGGUGUGUGCUCGUCAGAAAGGGCAGAUCUGCUCUGAAAUGAACCCCUGUGACACCCGUAAAGGGCUGCAGUGUGACUACACGGCAGAUGUCCAUAAGAGGACCGGUAUCUGUGCUGCUCAUGAGGGAGAUGUCUGUGUUUUGGAUGGUUCGGUCUACCAGAACGGCCAGACAUUCUUCCCCACCUGCAAGUAUCAGUGUAUGUGUCGUGAUGGGCAGAUCGCCUGCGUGCCACGCUGCAACGUGGACGUGAUGCUGCCUGGGCCGGACUGCCCCAUGCCAAGGAAGGUCCAGAUACCAGGAGAAUGCUGUGAGAAGUGGGUGUGUGAGCCUCAGGCUGAAGCCAGUGCACUAGGAGGCUUUGCCAUGGCAGCCUAUCGUCAGGAGGAAACAGUGAGCUUUGAUGGCUGGGACCCGAGCCUGAACUGCAUUGAGCAGACCACCGAGUGGGGUGCCUGCUCUCGAACCUGUGGCAUGGGGGUGUCUACCAGGGUCACCAACAAAAACCGCCGGUGUGAACUGGUGAAGCAGAGCCGGCUCUGUAUGAUCAGGCCUUGUGAUGACCAGCAGGACCAGACGCAGCUGACACAGCUUGCACCAAAGAGAGGCAGUAAGUGCCAGAGGAUGGUGAGGAGCAACAAGGCUGUCCACCUCUCCUAUAAGAACUGCACCAGCGUCCAGGCCUACAAGCCUCGCUACUGUGGCACCUGCACAGAUGGCCGCUGCUGUACCCCUCACAGAACCAAGACCGCUCUGGUGGAGUUCCAGUGUCCCAAGGGUAAAACCACCAGGAGGCCAGUCAUGGUGAUCCUGACCUGUGCCUGCCACAACCACUGCCCACAAGACAAUGCUGUAUGGCAGCCAUCAGAGCUGGGAUACAGUGGAAUGAGGUUAUAGGUCACAUCUGGAGUUAUAAUAUCAUGAGGUUAUUCUAAAAUACAGUAAUGAAGAGGUUAUAAUGAAUAGUAAGUCUGGAUUGUAGCUGAUGACUACAUCUGUAAAUUCAGAAGUUCU